AUGGCGGCGACUGAUGUGCAGAAGUUAGAGGCGUUGACGAAGCUCACUUACAAGGAACAGGCUGUGUGGCUCCUCAACGGGUUCUGGUCCACCCUCCCGGGCGAGGCCGAAGCGUUGUGGACCAUCGUCCACAAGUGCGCCGAGAUCGACACCGUGAACAAGGCCCAGGGAUGCGCCCUCGACGAGUUCCAGGCCCACCGCUUCCUCGAACACUUCAAGGAGACCCACACCGUCCAGGAGCUGCGCGAGAAGCUGCGAUCGACCGGCGCCCUUACGGGUCCCGUCAUCCGCACCGUGCCGCUCAUCCACAUCCUCAUCAUCAAGUACGGCGUCGACUGGCGCGAGCUGGCCAAUGCGCCGCAGGGCAACAAGGAGGAGAUCGUCAAGGCUGAGGCCAUGCUGCACGAGGUCACGCUCGCCUUCCAGGCCUCGGAGGCCCGCGACGCCGAGGCCAUGGCGGCCCUCAAGUCGGCCACCGCGCAGGAGGCCCAGGCCAAGGCCGCCGAAGCCGAAGCGCGCGCGCUCGAGGCCGACGCCCGGGCGCGCGAAGACGAGCUGCGCGCCGUCAAGGACGAGCUCGAGGCCGCGCUCAACGAGCUCAAGGCCCAGGAAGACGCCUUCAAGGCCCGCACGGCCGAGCUCACGCGCCUGUCCGAGGAGGGCAGCGUGGUGCAGAAGAACAAGGCCAAGAACGAGCUCGCCCAGCACCUCACCUCCGACCCGCUGCCGCUGCGCAAGGCCCAGAUCACGCAGGAGGCCGUCGUGAAGAAGGCCGACAAGGCGCGCCAGGUGGCCAAGGCCGCGGCGGACCAGGCCACGGGGUCGCGCACGGCCGCGGAGGACUCGCGCAAGGCGGCCGAGUCGGCGCGCGCUCUGUCAGAGGAGGCCAAGGCCGCGGCCGAGGCGGCGGUGGAGGAGACCCGGCGGAGGCUGGCCGAGGCCGAGGCCUACCUUCAGACCGUCAAGUCCAAGCUCCCCUCGGGCGGCGUGUGGUGGAUGGAGCGCGAGCUGACCGACCGCAAGUCCUUCCUCCCCCAGAAGCAGGGCGGCUACAAGAAGUGA